AAGUGUGUCAAAAGGGAUCCUAAAUUUGACCUUCUUGUGUGGUGGAAACACAAUUCAACACAAUAUCCUAUUUUAUCUACAAUAGCUAAAGAUAUUUUUGCCACACCAGUGUCUACGGUUGCAUCAGAAAGUGUCUUUAGUACGGGAGGGAGAGUCUUAGAAACUUAUAGGAGCUCCCUAAAACCUGAAAUGGCAGAGGCAUUAAUUUGUACCCAGAAUUGGUUAAAGCCGUCUUUUACCUAUUUCAAAGACUUGAACCUCAUGGAAGAUUUUGAGCUUUCUGAAGAUAUUAUAGCAGAAUUUGAAGAAAUUUCUUCUACAGCAAGAAGAGGAUCUUUACCGUCUCAGCCACAACCUUCUGGUUGUGCUUGAAAAAUAUGGAGUUCAACUAUGUUUUUUGAAGUCAUAUGUGACUUAUAUUUUGUGACUACUCAAUGGUCAAACAAUAUAUAUUUUGUCCUGUGGAUUUUGAAGAUAUUCAAGCUAGCCAAAUGUUGAACAUUUUGAGGCCAUGCAGGAACAAUUUGGAGCUAAGACAUUUUUGAUAUAUGUAGAACCUGUGUUUAGCAAAACAGGAGAAACAAUUGGAGUAAACUAUAUGGGAAUGGAAAUAACAGAUCAGGUGAGAAAAAGAGAAAGAAUGGCUAAGCUAAGGGAAGAAAUUGCAGUUCAGAAAGCUAAGGAAACAGAACUUAAUAAAAUCAUUCACAUUACAGAGGAGACUAUGAGAGCAAAACAAAUGCUGGCAACAAUGUCUCAUGAGAUAAGAUCACCACUUUCUGGUGUUGUUAGCAUGGCUGAAAUUCUUACUACAACAAAAAUUGAUAGGGAGCAAAGACAGCUCUUGGAUGUCAUGAUAUCUUCAGGAGAUUUGGUUCUUCAACUUAUAAAUGACAUACUUGAUCUUUCCAAAGUUGAGUCAGGAGCUAUGAAAAUGGAAGCUACCAAAUUCAGGCCAAGAGAGGUAGUAAGGCGUGUACUCCAGACAGCUGCAGCAUCAUUGCAGAAAAUGUUAACAUUGGAAGGAGAUAUAGCAGAUGAUAUACCUAUUGAGGUCACUGGAGAUGUUUUAAGGAUUCGGCAGAUUCUCACAAAUUUAGUCAGCAAUGCUGUCAAGUUUACACAUCAAGGCAAAGUUGGUAUAAACCUUUAUGUUGUUCCAGAACCACCAUUUGCCAAAUCAGAAGAAUGCCACCAAACGGCGACAGAAGACCAGUCAACUGUUUCUUCAAAUGGAUUGAAGGAAGAGAAACAUGCAUCAUCACUUUGUUUGAUCGACCUAUUGACUCAAUAUUCGUUUGACUACUGUGUUUAUGUUUUAAUAUUUGUUUUAAAUGGAUUACUUAGUUUUGUCCUCUGCAGUCUGCAUAUAUAAGUUUGUUUUUAACCCGAAUAAACCGCUAAAACAAACCCGCAAUCCGCACAAACCGAACCCGUCCAAACCGUGUUGAUAUUGGGCAGAAAUGGGCCUUCAUAUUUGAACCGUGGGUUGGACUGGGUGAGGGUUUUGGGCCCGAAACCGCCCGGCCCCGCCCGUUGUCCA